AUGCAUUCGCCACCAUCCAUCGCAAUCAUCGGCGGCGGGCCGAGUGGUCUUCUCUUCGCACGUCUACUCGAAGUGAAUGGACUUAAAGACUACGUCGUUUACGAACGUGAUGAAUCUUUCACCCCAGGCCCCUGGCAGCAAGGUGGCUCUCUGGACCUGCAUGGUCCGUCAGGUCAACUUGCACUCAAGGAAGCAGGUUUAUACGAUGAAUUCAACAAGUUUUACGCACGUUGGGACGCCUCACGGAUACAUAUCGUUAAGCCCUCCGGAGAGACAGUAGGUCGCUUUGGGGAAGGCCGCGACGCACCGGAAAUCGAUCGGCUGCAACUGCGUCAGCUUCUACUUGGAUCUAUUCCCUCGCAGAAGAUUCAAUGGGGCCACGGUGUGCGCUAUCUUGAGAGAAAGGAAACCGAUGACCUCGAGAAAAGAGACAAUGGUUGCACUAUCCAUUUUUCCAAUGGUUGCUCGGCUACUGGAUUUGAUCUUAUUGUUGGAGCUGAUGGGGGGUGGAGUAAAGUCCGUCCUUUACUUACGCCGGCACAGCCGGUUUAUUCCGGGAAGAUGUACAUCGAAGGCAAGAUUUCGCAAAGCAAUCCGACUUACAAAGUCGCCCACGAAUUAGCUGGACCAGGGAUGAUGAUGGUGAUGGGUCCAAGCAAGAGUUUGGCAUUGCAACAGGUGGCAGACAGCACGUACAGGAUGUACUUCGGCGUUGUUGUGCCAAAGGACUUUUAUCAACACCGCGAUGGCGGUGCCGUGGAGAAGACCGAAGCUGUGCGAGAGCUGAUGCUAUCGUCUGAGAGAUUCUUCGCAAGUUGGGCACCACACCUCAAAGAUAUCGCUAAAAAUGCCGAAGGUCCUUUCCGUGCCUGGGCUUUGCACCACCUGAGGCUAGAAGACGUUGGUUGGAAACGGGAUACAGCCCCUGGCGUGACACUGCUCGGAGAUGCAGCACAUCUUUCGACACCUUUCGUCGGCGAAGGAGUCAACUGUGCAAUGUACGAUGCUGUGGUACUGACUAAAUGUCUUAUCGAGCUAUUUGGGAGAGGCUCUGAGGUUGAAAAUGUCCAAAAAGCGAGUUUGGAAAAUGCCCUGGUCUCAUAUGAAGCUGACAUGUUCGAACGCGGCCGGGACCUAAUCCGACGUAGUGCGGAAAGUGAGGCAGUGAUCUUCAGUGAGAAUGCAGUGGAGGAUGUUCUCGGGUUUGUCGACCAGGCGAAAGAAGAUCUGCUGUAUGAUGUGAAAGCCUCUAGUGGCAAAUAA